CUCACUCCCAACGGUCUCUCUCUCUCUCUCUCUCUCUCUCUCUCUCUCUUCUCGCGCAGUCGCGGGUGGAAGACACCAUAGGCACCAAAACCCCCACGGGCCACCGCCAUCGCUGACCAAUCCUCGAUCGGAGGUCGUAGGGGCCAAGGGGAGAGGAUGGGCACGCUGGGGAAAGCGAUCUACGCCGUCGGGUUCUGGAUCCGCGAGACCGGCCAAGCCCUCGAUCGCCUCGGCUGCCGACUGCAGGGCAGCUAUCACUUCCAGGAGCAAUUAUCAAGGCAUCGGACGCUCAUGAACAUAUUUGACAAAGCUCUUGUGAUUGACAAAGAUGUAUUUGUGGCCCCAAGCGCAUCUAUCAUUGGUGACGUUGAGGUUGGCAGAGGUUCCUCCAUUUGGUAUGGGUGUGUUUUGAGGGGUGACAUAAACAACAUUAGCAUUGGAUCAGGGACUAAUAUACAAGACAACUCUCUUGUUCAUGUGGCAAAGUCAAACUUAAGUGGCAAGGUUUUGCCAACUAUUAUCGGAGAUAAUGUUACUGUAGGUCACGGUGCUGUUUUACAUGGAUGUACUGUUGAGGACGAGGCAUUUGUUGGUAUGGGUGCCACUCUUCUCGAUGGAGUCUAUGUUGAGAAGCAUUCCAUGGUUGCUGCUGGAGCCCUUGUAAAGCAGAAUACAAGAGUUCCUUGUGGAGAGGUAUGGGGAGGAAAUCCAGCCAAGUUCCUGAGGAAGCUCACAGAAGAAGAGAUGGCUUUCAUAUCACAGUCAGCUGUAAACUACUCCAACUUGGCUCAGGUCCAUGCUGCUGAAAAUGUGAAGAGCUUUGAUGAAAUUGAGUUUGAGAAGGUGCUCCGCAAAAAGUUUGCUCGCCGUGAUGAGGAGUAUGACUCUAUGCUGGGUGUCGUUCGCGAAACACCUCCAGAGCUUAUCCUUCCAGAUAAUAUUUUGCAAGAUAAAUUGCAGAAGGCAACUUGAUUUACCCUUGUGCUGAAGGUAGGUAUCUCCAGUUGAAAUUUGAUUUCGGAGGUAUGCUGUCAUCUGAAGAUUAAGCGACUACAGAAUUGAUAUUCAAUAAUAUUUGAGGCUGGAUAAGAAUUCAAAGCA